GUCGGCCGCGAGCAUCGGGCCCCGACAUACCUUGCCCAAAAAUCCGCCGCCUAAAGGUACCCACCACACCCGUACUAUUUUAAAACCGUUCGAGACAUCGCGCAUGCGAAUAUCGAUCCGCCUCACUCGGAAUGGUCCCCGUAUCUAGGUUAACCGGCUAAAAUUAAAGGUUAAUGUGCCACGAGACGAGUGAGAGAGACAAACCAUCCCAACACUCCCUUUAAAACGCCUUAUAUGGAGCGGGACGGGUAUACCACGCGUGCUCCGCCGCGUAUCAAAACACACAAAAACCGCGGAUGUAGGUAAUAGCACGGGAGCUGAAUAGCCUUUUAAUUAUUUAAAAAUAACACAACAAAAAACUAAAAAAAAAAACACUAAGCCAAAUUGUAACGUUCAGCCGAUUUUUUGAAUUACGAACGCCUAAAUCCGAUCAGACUUUAACGCCUAACCUUCUUGGACAUCUUGGGUGCUUAAAAUGGACUUGCCUUACUUUAAUUUGACGAUGUGUUUGACUGUAUAGUGGGGGGUGGCGUGGCUAGUUUAGUUAUUAGUUUAAUAUAAAGUACAUAAAGCCGGUGGGGACGGUGUGUGGGUGUGAUACCGAGGUGUCGGAGGCUUGUGUGAUGCAGCGGCGGCCGAGGCGGCGCGAUUGUCGGCUACCUGAGAAGCAGCCUUGUACGCUCGUCUGACGAAUCUGUAAAGUUCGCAACCUGCAGCAUAAUAGGGAGCCAUACGCCGCGGCGGAAAGACGGGUGCGACACGCACUCGUGAGCUAGAGGGUUGUCGGGCGUGGUGCGGGCGGCGGCCGCGAGCCCGGCACCAUGGCUACGGUGGAGGGGCGGCCGGCGCAAUAUGGCGUCACCCUACGGCAGCUUCGCGAGCUGAUGGAGUCUCGCGGCGCCGAGGGCCUGGCCAAGAUCAACGCGCUCGGUGGUCCGCAAGAAAUAUGCAAGAAGCUCUACACAUCGCCCACAGAUGGUCUUAGCGGUUCGAAAGCCGACCUGCAGCACAGGCGCGAAGUGUUCGGCUCGAACCUGAUCCCACCAAAGCCCCCCAAGACUUUCCUCACGUUAGUCUGGGAGGCCCUGCAAGAUGUGACCCUCAUUAUUCUGGAGGUUGCAGCUGUAGUCUCCUUAGGGUUGAGUUUCUACAAACCGUCAGAUGACCCAGCUGAUGUUGCUCAUCUCGACGAAGAGGAAGGUCAUUAUCAAUGGAUCGAAGGUCUGGCGAUUUUAAUAUCAGUCAUAGUCGUCGUUAUAGUUACUGCGUUCAACGAUUACACGAAAGAAAGGCAAUUCAGAGGGCUUCAAUCUCGGAUAGAAGGGGAGCACAAGUUCGCGGUGAUCCGAGGCAGCGAGGUCAGGCAGGUUCCAAUCAGCGAGAUAGUAUGUGGCGAUAUAUGUCAGAUAAAGUACGGCGAUCUGCUGCCCGCUGACGGUAUACUGCUGCAGAGUAAUGACUUGAAGGUUGAUGAAUCGUCGCUCACUGGUGAAUCGGACCAUGUCAAAAAGGGUGAAUCGUUUGAUCCCAUGGUGCUAUCCGGUACACACGUCAUGGAAGGCUCCGGCAAAAUGCUGGUAACAGCGGUCGGUGUAAACUCCCAGGCUGGUAUCAUCUUCACGCUCCUCGGCGCCGCUGUAGACAAGCAGGAGAAGGAAAUCAAGCAAAUGAAGAAAGAGGCUAAAAAGCAGCAACGCAAGUCUACGCAACGCAAGAGUUUGACUGGUGACGAAGACGCAACGUUGCCGGCGUCAGGCAACAGUCACGGCGCGAACCACGCGCGACCAGACGACAACCACGUGCCUGCAACCAGCGACAAACCUCCGCCAGAAGCUGGACAUAAAAAGGAGAAGUCUGUACUGCAAGCCAAGCUCACCAAGUUGGCUAUACAAAUCGGCUACGCCGGCUCCACAAUAGCAGUCCUGACGGUGAUCAUCCUGGUGAUAAACUUCUGCGUGCAUACGUUCGUGAUCGAACAGAAGCCGUGGAAGGCGACGUAUAUCAACAACCUGGUGAAACAUCUCAUCAUUGGUGUCACCGUACUUGUCGUCGCCGUGCCUGAAGGAUUGCCGCUUGCCGUUACUCUGUCGCUUGCUUACUCUGUCAAGAAAAUGAUGAAAGACAACAACUUGGUACGUCAUUUAGACGCUUGUGAAACGAUGGGUAACGCAACCGCAAUCUGUUCAGACAAGACAGGAACUCUCACCACGAACCGAAUGACAGUCGUACAGUCCUACAUCUGUGAGAAACUCUGCAAGGUCACGCCUAACUUCAGGGAUAUACCGCAAGAGGUCGCCGAAACUAUGGUCGAAGGAAUAUCUGUUAAUGCUGCCUUUACGUCCAGAAUUAUGCCGAGCCAAGAUCCAACAGGGCCUCCAAUGCAAGUUGGUAACAAGACCGAAUGUGCCCUGCUAGGGUUCGUCCUAGCGCUCGGCCAGAGUUACGAGGCAGUUCGUGAGAGACACCCAGAAGAAUCCUUCACCCGUGUGUACACGUUCAACUCGGUGCGCAAGAGCAUGUCCACUGUCAUCCCCUAUAAGGGCGGCUACCGACUUUACACUAAAGGAGCUUCUGAGAUUGUUUUGAAGAAAUGCGCAUUCAUCUAUGGUCACGAAGGUCGUUUGGAAAAGUUCACGCGCGACAUGCAAGAGCGAUUGGUACGACAGGUAAUCGAACCCAUGGCCUGUGAUGGACUCCGAACCAUCUCCGUCGCUUACAGGGACUUCGUACCGGGCAAGGCUGAAAUUAACCAGGUGCACAUAGACCAGGAACCGAACUGGGACGACGAGGACAACAUCGUGAACAACCUGACCUGCUUGUGUGUAGUCGGUAUUGAAGAUCCUGUGCGACCAGAGGUACCCGAAGCCAUCAGGAAAUGUCAAAAGGCAGGCAUCACAGUGCGCAUGGUGACCGGAGACAAUGUCAACACGGCGCGGUCUAUUGCCAUCAAGUGCGGGAUACUCAAACCUACUGACGACUUCCUCAUUCUGGAGGGCAAGGAGUUCAAUAAGAGGAUCAGGGAUACUAAUGGAGAGGUACAACAACACCUACUAGACAAAGUAUGGCCAAAACUCCGCGUCCUUGCGAGAUCGUCACCGACAGACAAAUACACGCUAGUUAAAGGAAUGAUCGAAUCUAAAGCCUUCGACACUCGCGAAGUAGUCGCUGUCACUGGAGACGGUACCAAUGAUGGACCGGCGCUUAAAAAGGCUGAUGUUGGAUUUGCUAUGGGUAUCGCAGGUACAGACGUAGCGAAGGAAGCAUCAGACAUCAUCCUUACAGACGACAACUUCUCAUCCAUCGUGAAGGCAGUGAUGUGGGGCCGUAACGUGUAUGACUCCAUCGCCAAGUUCUUACAGUUCCAGCUCACAGUCAACGUGGUCGCUGUUAUUGUGGCCUUCAUUGGUGCCUGUGCGAUACAGGACAGUCCUCUUAAGGCAGUACAAAUGUUAUGGGUAAACUUGAUCAUGGACACGCUAGCGUCGCUUGCGCUGGCGACAGAGAUGCCGACGCCGGACCUGCUACAGCGCAAGCCGUACGGACGAACCAAGCCUCUCAUCAGUCGCACCAUGAUGAAGAACAUCCUCGGACAGGCCAUUUAUCAGCUCUUUAUUAUAUUCUCGCUUCUAUUCGUCGGCGACAGGCUGCUGAACAUCCCGUCAGGCCGCGGCCAGGCGCUGGGCUCGGAGCCCACGCAGCACUUCACGAUCAUAUUCAACACGUUCGUCAUGAUGACGCUCUUCAACGAAAUCAACGCGCGCAAGAUACACGGCCAAAGAAAUGUGUUCCAGGGAUUGUUUACUAAUCCCAUCUUCUAUUCUAUAUGGAUCGGCACUGCGGCUUCGCAGGUAAUAAUAAUCCAGUUCGGUGGCAUGGCGUUCAGUACGGCGGGUCUGUCGAUAGACCAGUGGCUCUGGUGUCUGUUCCUCGGCGCCGGGACCCUUGUCUGGGGUCAACUCGUCACCACCGUGCCCACUAGGAAGAUUCCUAAGAGACUGUCAUGGGGCAGAGGUCAGCCCGAUCCAGAGACCAUCCAGCCCGGUCCAGACUACGAUCCAGAUCUGGAUAAGAAGCCGCGAGCUGGCCAGAUUCUCUGGAUCCGCGGUCUCACGCGCCUCCAGACUCAGCAAAAGGCGGACAUAUUGGCCGGUCGCAGGAUAUUUGUCAAUAAUUAUUUGGCGGAGCACCGAAGGAUCAGCGUGCAAUCUGGCGGCAGCUCCCUGCCCGCUCUCAGCCCGGUGAUAGGUGGCGAGUUACAAGAACGAUUGAUACCCGUCCCCUACAGCAAGACGUCAACCGACCAAGCUAUCCGCGUGGUGAACGCGUUCCGGCAGGGGCUGGACUCGCGCGGCUCGCUGGCGGACGCGGCGCUGGCGGAGGCGCUGCGCAAGCAGACGGCGCUGUCGAAGCGGUUCUCGCACUCGUCCAGCAUCGAGUACGCCGACGCGGCGCGCGACACGCUGGCGCCGCACGACAUCGACGUGGAGCGGCUGUCCAGCCACAGCCACACCGAGACGGCCGUGUAGCGCCGCCCGCGCCCCGCGCCCGCGCCCGCGCCCCGCGCCCAGCCCGCGCCCGCGCCGCUCAUGGAUGCAAUAAUUUAGCGAUUAAUAUCAGUAUUAUGGACGCCGCCCCGACACCGACCGUGCCCGCGCACGUUACUCGAACCGUUACGCUGCCAUCGCUCUAAUUAUAUUAUUAUACAUACGAGUAAUAAUAAUGCUAAAACGAUUGUGUAUAAAAUCAUAUUUUUAAAGGUAACGAGGAUGACAAGUUUGGUAUAUUGAGUUAGACACGUAUGGUUGAGGGUGCCGGUCGAGCCGGGCGCCCGCACUAGUCUCGCAGCCACCAGUGUACUUGAGCAUAAGUUAUAUUGUUAACUAGUGUGUUUAAUUAUUCGAUUGUUUUGAAAAUAUUUUAUUAUUAUACGCGCGCGUCGCGAUGCGCGCGUCUGUUGAACAAAUAAAAAAAAUAUUGUCUAAUUAUUAAUUUUAGAUUUAAGCGCAAGGAUGAGCGAAUGGAAGUGUGUUUUUUGAAAAAAAAAAAUAAAGUUUUCGCAUAGCAUCGUGUCAUCUCUUACACGGAAUGAAAUGUUUUAUAUUGCUUUUGUCAAAGACAUGUUGUGGGAGAGUGGCGGGCGGCGGCCGCGGCGGGGCGCGGCCUCAUCUUUUGUAUAAAGUUAUUUCAUUUGUAGCGCCGAUCAUCGUUUGUACGUACGCCGAGUGAUAUUACGCGCCGCGCCCGGCCCCGCCCGCGCUAACUAAAUAUAUAUACUUAACUAAAUUAUUCAACUAUUAGUUAAGGUGUUUGUUAUAAAUUUCAAUAACUUUUUUUGUUUUUACGACCUUUUUCCCCUAAAUCUAAGUAUACAUUUAAGUCAUAUCUCGAAGCGUAGACGCAUAAACUGAAAAGUUUCUAUACAAGAACCGUAAGCAACAUUCUUGUGUAAAAACCGACGUAGUCCACUUUGAACAUCUUCAAAAUGUUUCAAAUAGAAAUAUACAUUAAAAUUGUAUAGCUGAAGGUAUUUAUUUGUAAUGCUAGUCUCUUAUGAAACAAAUACUAAUUAUUCAAUUAUUAUAAUGUACUUAUUGAUUAUUGAUAAAUACUUGAAGUUUAUUAAACAAGAUAUAGUCUACGGUGUAACGAAUUGAUUUCGGAAUUCUUUGUCUAUGAGCAAUAGCGAGGCGCUCCACAUAGGCGACGUAGGAUCGCAGCCGUGGCAUUUUCAACUUAUUACGUAAGACAUGUACUUAAUCGAGUUAGUGACGAGUCGAACGCGGCGACCGCUCGCCGACCGCAAGCCGACCGCUCGCCGACCGCAAGCCGACCGCUCCCGGCCACUUGUUAUAGUAUUAUAUGAGUAUAAAUAAUGAAUCAAAACGAUCUAGCGAAUCGGCAAUGUUCAAUUUUGUAUAGAACGUUUCAUAGUAGCGGUAUUUGAGAGUUGUUACGUUUGGUUUGUGAGGUUCGUUGGUAGGCGCGUUCGUAGCCGCACGACGCGACGCGACCGCACCCGACGAACGAGUGGCGCGACAACUAUUAAAACUAUUAAACAAUCUUGUAAGUAAUUAAGUAUUAGCUUCGAAUCAAUAAAAGCCUUUUUAAAAAAAAUUAGUUAAAAAAUGAAACUAUUGAAACUUCACAAUGUUUAAAUAAAAUAAUAUUAGUUAUGAUUUCAGUGAAUAGAGAGAUUAUGGUAUCUUUUUGUGUAUUAUAUGAUAUAUUGUUUCGUUGAUAUUCGUUACCACGAGUUCCCCAAUGAAAGACAUGUAAUUAGGAGUCGAUAUCUUAGCGGUGCGUGCAGACGCGCCAACCUUUCCCUAACAAUCAAUUUGUUUGACACGACAGUCUGCCACUAACCAUAUUAGGUGAUAAGUCCCAUUGUUGUAUUUUUCGUCUCACAAUAAAUGAAAAUCUAUUUUAUUGUUUUUA